AAAAACUCAUGUGGUUUGGUGGGACUCAAUUCAUAUAGUACCUCUCGAUCUCUCUUUCUCUCCCUCUCUCUAUAUCCAUUUAUUAUACACACAUAUCUCUAUAUAUAUAUACAAUUCACUCCCAUUCAAACACGUUGUCGAUCUUCACGUCUCUGUCGCCGGCGAUUCUCCGCCACCACCGCCGUCGCUAAACCGCCGUAGAUCAAAAAUUUGCGGGUUUCGAUGUUUGGCAAUGAAGCAAUGAAUAGUAGCAUCCAGCAGCAUAACCCUCAGAUCGAAGAUAAUGAAGAAGAAGAGGACAUACCAAGUGGGGGAGAGUCGAUAGAUAAUCCACAUAUUCGUUACGAGGCUGCUUCUCAUGCCCUACAGAAUGGUGGUGUCGUUGGUCAGCCUUCCAAUGGAAUGGAGCCGAUGAAUGGAAAUGGACUUGACAGCAUUAAUGUCGUGCCACAUCAGCAUCAAAUGUAUGUCCCAGGGUCUGAUGUUGUGCCGCAUACUGGAGGAGGUGGUGUGGAUCAGUUGACACUAUCUUUUCAGGGAGAAGUUUACGUUUUUGAUGCUGUGUCCCCUGAAAAGGUGCAGGCAGUUUUGUUACUUCUGGGCGGAUAUGAAGUGCCUACAGGUAUACCUACUGUUGGGAUGCCGUCUCAGAACCAAAAUCAAAGGGGUUCAAGUGACCUUCCUGGAAGGGCAAGUCAACCGCAACGGGCUGCUUCUUUGACACGAUUUAGAGAGAAGAGGAAAGACAGGUGUUUUGACAAAAAAAUUCGUUAUGAAGUGCGGAAGGAAGUAGCAAUCAGGAUGCAGCGAAAGAAAGGCCAAUUCACGUCAUCAAAGGCAAUAUCUGAGGAUUCUGGUUCAGCUUCCUUGGAAUGGAAUGCUGGUUCUGGCCAAGAAGAGCAGGAAACUUCUUGCCGACACUGUGGAAUCAGCUCAAAGUCCACUCCAAUGAUGCGUCGGGGACCUGAUGGACCAAGGACAUUGUGCAAUGCAUGCGGGCUCAAGUGGGCAAAUAAAGGCAUAUUAAGAGACCUUUCAAAGGUUCCAACAGGAGGUAUCCAUGAUCCUAAUGUGAAGCCUAUUGAUCAGAUUGAUGGUGAAUCUCAUCAUUCAGAUGUUGUACCAGCUCUUGCUGAUGUCAUCACUUCGUCAAACGGUGAUAACUCAGCUUUGACCGCUGAGAAGUGUUAAAAUUUGGUCAGCCAACUCCAUGUCCCAUCUGGAUUGAGUUCUCGAAUAAGUGGGAAAUUUUAUUCAUAAUUUUCUCAUAGUUGCCAGAAUGUAAAUAUAUUUAUAAAUAUAGUUUACUUAUUGCAUCACCACCCAAGGUUGUAAUAUAAGUUACUACACUAUUCGUGGAGUGUGAUCUGUUGUAUCCAAAUUGUUUACAGGUAUUUUAACAUGUGUUUCCUUUUAGAACUCUUAAA